UUGGGAUGAUCAGAAUCAACGAUUCAAGAUCACACGGACCAUGGUGCAUCAAAGGAACCAAUGCAUCCUUGCCCAGAAUGGAUUCAUGAGCUCCUUUGAUGCACCAUGAUACGAGUGAUCUUGGAUCACUGAUCUGGGUCAUCUCAAAGGAACGCAUCGUUAGGAUGCACUCUUUUGGGAUGAUUCGAGUCAACAUCAAUGAUCCAAGAUCACUCUGAUCAGGGUGCAUCAAAGACACCGAUAAACUCUUGACCAGAGUGGAUUAUAAGCUCCUUUCAAGUGAUCUUGGAUCACCGAUCCUGAUCCAGGUCAUCCCAAAGGAAUGCACCCUUAAUCUCUAUUAACUGUUGUUUAUAACCAGGUUGCACCAGAUCGCGCGCUAACCUGCAUAUUUAUCGGAAAGACGUCCAUUACCAAUGUUUCAGUUACACGUUUGCAGCAAAGUGCACAUUUCGGAUGAAUUUCAAUUUUUGAUAUUUACCCGAGAGUGUCGAUAACUGAAAUAAGUCGACGCCCUUAGGGACAAUAAUCGCGUGUUAGCAAGGGGUAGCAAUGGCUGUAGCUGUCAUCAGCUUGGGAUAAUCUGAGAUAAUCGGGAUAAUCUGAGUCACUACAUGCAUGACGGAACUCGCAACGUCCAUCGUUAGCUGCAAAGAUUAUUACAAAAACAACCACAGAUGUAAUUCUUUACAGGUCACUUUAGCCAGUUGGUCUGGCGGGACUCUAAGGAGGUUGGGAUUGGUACAGCUCAGAGUAAAUCCGGGAACUUCUUUUUGGUGGCUCGCUACAGCCCCCGCGGAAAUAUAGACGGUAAAUUCAAUGACAAUGUCCGGGAUGUCGCAGAACAAUCCUCUGACAAAAGCAGUCAAGGAACUAAGGACAAUAACCAGCCUAACACUACUCCGGGCGAAUCUUCAGACAUACAGUCCAAUGGUAAAGACCAAAACACGGUUUAUUUUAAGGAGUUUAACUUUGAACCGAGUGCCACUGGAUUGGAAAACACGACUACACCAAACCUUCCUCCCCUUCAGCAGGCUAAUGUAGAGUCUGGCACGAAUGAGGGUCCAGCUGUAGAAAGCAUCCAAGAGCCUGAGACAAGCUUCUCAAGUUCAAGACCUGACAUGCACGAGACGGAGAGCAUACAACCUUCGUAUGCGGGAGUUAAUGAAAUGAAGCAAGCUCCAAGUUCUUUCCAAGAAAGUUCAUUAACCGAUCCAGGGCCCAUGAUUAAUAACGGUGACGUAGGCUCUACUGGUUUAAAUGAAAGACCGAGCUUCGCGAAUAGUGAGAUAGAUAAAAAACUAAGUUCAUUAGAGCCAGUGAGUAGUAACACAGAAGGAACACCAUUGUUUGAAGGGUCCAACAUCAAUUCCAUCAAUUUGCGGCCUCAUAAUCUGGGAUCCGAGCAUGGUGAUACAAACGCGAGACCUAGUUAUGCAAGUUCCAGUCCCACUGAGCCAAAUGCGAGACCAGGAAUCGACAGCAAUAGCGCUAAGGAGACUUCAAGUUAUGAACGCCAGGAAGAAAAGGAUGCAAAACUUGACGCUUUUGCAAAAUUACCAAUGAGUGACGAGGUGCCGACGAAGAGCAAUAAACCGCCUGGCCUUACUUAUUUAGCGCCUAUGAAUGAUAAAGUUCCCGUAGAGAAACCAUUACACAGCCCGAUAAAGUUGCCUCCUUCAAUAGCUCUCCUCACACCAAAGCGAGGAAAAGAUUUUCGAGUGGAGAUCCGCUUUCCCAAACUCCGCUACACAGAGCGGAUGCGGAUGCCGGGAAGUUUGGAUUAUGAAGAAGUCAAAAUAAACGUGACUAGGGCAAUUAUCAAACUAUACGAUGAAGAUGACGAAUUUGAAGAAGUGAAACUCAUAUCGCUGAGAAGUGGUAGCGUGAUUGCCACGCUUGGACUGCUGUUCAAGAAGGAUGCACCAGGCCAUCUCAACCGGUUAUCGCUGGCUCUACUGUCAGGACAACUUGGAAACAUGCCUGUGACGCCCAAGUACCUAUCAGCUGUUGCCCUUCCGGCCGGAUAUCUGAGACCAAGCCGACCAAUACAGAAACCAGGCACCGGAGUGUGCGCACAACCCUGCUCCAAACCAAAUGUCUGUUACCCUACCGGGUGCUCCGUGUCAUGCUGUGCUUUCCAUCCUCGCAAGUACCAUCCUCCAGCACACGCGUUACCUCCCGUACUCCCGUCAUGCCCUGGGACCUGUGACGACAACUGUUUCCCGGAUUGCGAUGACGACUGUUGUUCUGGCAUGAUGGACGCAGAGGAUGCUACUCCAGCUGCAACGUCUCCGGUGGCUGCUACUCCGGCAGCCAUGGCUCCGGCGUCCGUUAGUCCCAGCAUAACGUGCCCGGGAUCUUGCCAUUUUUCGUGUUAUCCUCAGUGCAGCCCGCAUUGCUGUGCCACACAAUAUGUCCCGAAUCCUUGUCAUCCCUCGUGCCCAGCUUACUGCGCGCCAAGUUGUGAUAACGCCUGCUGCGCGGCUAGAAAAUCAGUGGUGAACAGCCUCUCUAGAAAGUACAGCCGCUAUAGGAGUGCCCAGCGAGCAAUAGCACGUCAGCUUUACUUGAGAAAACAUCUCAGAGUGCCGUACAGACGACCCAAACUUACUCGUCCUUUACGUCCAAAGCAGAGGUCCUACUACGCGAGACGUGUAACACCUGAAAGCCUGGGACUAGAAGAAUAUGAUCGGAGCACCAUUCACUCUGCAGACGGUGCUUCCGAACAUGGCGCUAAAGCUCACUAGGGGACUGGGACCUUAACCGGUCAGUUAAAGUUUACAAAAUAGUAAAAGCUCAUCUGUAAGCUCGCAAUGAUUAUCACAGUUUGAAAAGAGGACACAAAUAUAUUUUUCCUUCCGAUAUUCAAUUAAAUACUUAGUCAUCUUUUCAGUUUUCUUUUUCAUUAAGAAAUAUUAUCAUAAAUUCGCCAUAGAUCAGUGAUAAACAUUGACCAAAAAAACUUAUUGCAGCUACAUUUCACGCGGCUAAAUAAAAACAAAACGAUGUUUAAAUAGAAUCAGAAAUAACACUGCCAUCCUGACAGUCUUGUAACAGAUUACGGAUUACUUAAGAUAGAUGGCCUAGACAAAACAAGUGCAAAUGAAAUUUAGAAUAGAUGUUACUUUUUAAUUGAAAACAAAGAUAAGGUACAUUGUAUUUCUUGUACUUCUUUCUUUGAAGUGCAAGUUGUCGAAAAAAUGUUUCAAUAAAUCUGCUUAAUUUUCAGUA